AUGUUUGGGCCCUAUCUCCUCCUGCAGACUUUGGGAGAGGGCGAGUUUGCAAAGGUCAAACUCGGCAUGCACAACGACACGGGAGAAGAGGUGGCCAUCAAACUCAUUAGGAGGCAGUCUGUGGAUAACACGCCGCGAAUCAACAAGAUUGGCCGCGAGAUAUCCGUCCUGCGGACAAUUCGACACCCCAACAUCAUCUCCUUGUUCGACGUGAUUGAAACAGAGCGCUACAUUGGCAUCGUCAUCGAAUACGCCUCAGGCGGAGAGCUAUUCGACCACAUCCUUGCGCACCGAUACCUCAGGGAGCGAGAUGCAUGUCGACUCUUUGCCCAGCUGAUGAGCGGCGUGCACUAUCUCCACUCAAAGCACAUCGUCCAUCGCGAUCUCAAGCUGGAAAACUUGCUGCUGGACAGAAAUCGUAACAUCAUGAUCACAGACUUUGGAUUUGCGAACCAGUUCGACAGCUCAACCAGGGAUCUCAUGUCCACGUCGUGCGGAUCGCCAUGCUACGCUGCACCUGAGCUUGUUAUCAGUGACGGUCUCUAUGUAGGCACAGGAGUGGAUAUCUGGAGCUGUGGUGUCAUUCUUUAUGCAAUGCUCGCAGGAUAUCUCCCCUUUGACGAUGACCCAUCCAAUCCAGACGGUGACAACAUCAACCAGCUCUACAACUACAUCCUUGCAACGACGCUGGUCUUCCCAGACUACAUUUCGCCCGACGCACGAGAUCUUUUGAGAAUGAUGCUCGUUCCCGAUCCUACCAAGCGGUGUAACAUGAAGAGAAUCAUGAGCCAUAGAUGGUUGCGACCUUAUGCACCCAUGUUCCAGUACAGCAUCGAGGAUCUGGAGGUUAGAAUAAAUGGUCGCUACUGCAUAACACGCAUACUUGGUCCUACAGUAACCCUACUAACUGAGCGCGCAUAA